AUGUCAUCUAUAAUUCGACAAAAAAAGAAUGUAUUGGAUCUUCGACCAAUACCAAGUAAAGGACCGAAAAAUGACAGCUUUCAAUGGAAAUUAACAGCUUUAUUAGAACUGAAUGAAAAAGGCGAAUUUAUUUUACCAUUCUCACGAAGAGUGGUAUUUAUUGAUCAUCUUCUUUGGCCAAGAAGUGAUCCUGAUCCUCCUCUACCUGGCUAUCGACAAUGUGGCUGUAUAGGUUGUGAAAAUAAAACUUGUAUGGACCACAUUCUUAAAGAUGAUGAAGAUGACAUUGAGUCACCAUAUGGGAACUUACAUCUAGAAGAAAUAUCUGCAUGUUCAGAUAAUAAAGAGUAAGUUGUCGAACAAUUUAUUUGAAUGAUAAUUAAAUGUGUCCGUUUCAUUAUUUUUAGUGAUAAUGAAGACAACAGUA